AUGCUGCCACCAGAACAGCGCACACUCAUCCUCGAUCUUGGCGACGUCCUAUUCCAUUGGUCGACCCGCAACCUGACUGCUCUUUCACCUCAAAACUUCCAUUCAGUUGUCCUGUCACCAACAUGGGCCGAAUUGGAGCGUGGUCACAUAGACGAGACUGAAGCUCUUGAAAUUAUUGGCGAGGAAUUAUCUCUUGAACCGGCAACAAUACGCGAAGCAUUCAAGCAGUGUCGCAAAACACUACGUGUCGACCAUGAUCUGCUCAAAAAGCUCAAAGAGCUCAAAGUGGAGAUGAACAAAAGCCUCAAGAUUUACGCAAUGAGCAACAUCGCUAGAGACGACUUCACACGCCUCCAAGCCGUGUUGUCUGACUGGAGUCUGUUCGACGGCGUUUACACGUCUUAUGAGGCCGGUAUGACGAAGUUUGAGCUCGGUUUCUUCAAGCAUGUCCUCAAAAGUAUCGGAUGUAGCGACCCAGCAUCUGCAAUCUUCGUCGAUGAUAAGCAUGGGCAGGUCAAUACGGCUCGCUCUUUCGGCAUCCAAGGUAUCGUCUUUGAGUCUGGAGAUAAGCUCAUGCGUCAACUGCGCAACCAACUAUUCGACCCCGUCAAACGAGCUCGUCAGUACAUGGCCAACAAUGCCGGAAAACAUAUAUCUCGUAUCGAGAACGGCCCUGAUCUUCAUGAAUUCUUCUCCCAGUUCAUCAUUCAUUAUGAGCUAGCCGAUGAAAGUUUUCUCAGCCUUUCGCCAUCCAAUGCUGAGCCUGAUGAGGUUGAAGCCACCAUUGGCCAAGCUCGCAAAGAGGCUAAGAUGUGGAACUACUUCAACGGCCCUCCCAUUGGUACGACGAAGACAUACCCUGAUGAUGUCGACACUACUGCAAAUGCUUUGCUUGCAUUCUCACCACCUUCUUCUUCGGCUGACCCCGUACUGGAUCGCAUGCUUCAGAAUAGACAUGCGCAAGAUGGGGUCGCCUUGAUAUAUCUCUGCGACAAGCGGCCUCGUUUAGAUCCUGUCGUCCUCAUUAACGUCAUCCGCGUCUUCUACAAGUACAACCGUGGAGCAGAUGUCAAGCCCGAGCUCGACUACGUUCGUCGCAUCCUUUUAAACUCUGGCUACAUUGACGGAACAGACGUGUAUCUGUCUGCUGAUAUCUUCUUAUACUUCUUGUCUUGUCUUAUAGAAGCAAAUGAUACCGCGCCCGAAAUUCGGUCUCUCGGAACUACUGGCGAGCGAUUCAAGUACCCUGAUGACGAAUGUCUAACAGCGUACACCAAGGCUUUGGAGAAAGGUAAAAUGCUGCAUACACAGGCUCAUUCUGACCAGCCCAGCAUUCCCCAGAGCGAAUUCAAAUCGGUCUCCGACCUUGAAGAGUGGGGCUAUGUUCUAGAUGUUAAAACCGACACCCGGAUAGGGAUUAUGUGUUCGGCGCAACAUGUGCUCGAAACUGCCAGGAACGGUGAGACCUACCUGGCCACCGACGCCUGGUUCCUCAAUAAUAUAUAUCUUGAUGAUGGCAUGAUCGAAUCGGCGGCUAACUACGCGCCUCACGCGUUGGCAUCGGGUUUGGUGAAAUCCGUAGACCAGCCGGCGCACGCAACAGUACCUACGCUGUUGCCCAAACUAUGCCACUGGAGCGACGUGGCAUACCUCACAUGGCUGCAUGUUACAAGCAAAGAGCUGCCGAAGCCUGUGUUACGGACCAUCUCUCACUACGGGGACAGUGUUGCGUCUGAAAUGGUAGUGCAGCAUGUAACAGCUGGAGUACAGCCGCGCAAAUCUGGGCCUUAUCUCGAAUACGAGUUUGAUGCAGACUCAGAUGAAGGCUUAGCGAUACUUGGGACGCCUGAAGGAGCUGGUACCGCCUACCUACUGGUACAACAUAGGGAGGGGUUGGGUCGUCGGGUUGUCGACAAGAUUGUUGCUUCUGAUUUCGCGGAUCCAGAAUCUAGGCACUUGCAAAUUCUGUUUCACAUCAAAGAGGCGGAGAAGGUAGAUGGACACGGGAUUUAG